AUAUAUAUAUAUAUGAUCUCAUCAAAUUUGGCAAGAAUAAAAAAUAUAAUUGUUCUCUGGUUCUCCCAUUGUGAUCACCAUUAACACCAGGUUCAACUUCAAUGGAAUCCACCAUGCCCAAACGCCAAGAGCUUGGCGAUGGCGAUGGUCUAUAUGAGAGCUCGAAAAGUCGAUCUCCCGAGAAGGCUAUGGAAGAGAUACGUAAGCAGGAGACUCAUGAUCUAUAUUGCCCUAAGUGUACUUGUAACAUCACCAAAACUGCUCAACUCGUUGAAAAAGGAGAUGAUUUUUCUCCCGACAACCAAAAACCUUUCGUGCUCUGGAUCCCUAUCUUCACCCCCUUCAAGUUCCUUUCAAGUUCUCCCACAGGAUCAGUCGAAAGCAACCCAUCGAGUCCUAAUCACAGUGUAAUACCAGUCGAAAACAAUCCAUCUUAUCCCAAUCCCAGUCCCAGUGGACCACACGAAAACAACUCAUAUCAACCUGAUUCCACUGAACCAGUCGACAACAUCUCAUCUAAUUCUAACUCCAAUGGUCGACCAGUCGAAGAAAACUCAUCUAAUCCUUAUUCCAGUGGAUCAGGGAACAUCAAUUCAUCUAAUCCUAGUCUCAGCCAUUUAGCUAAAAUCUUGGAACGAUUGCCUACUCGAUUUCGGAAUUCAAUUAUUCUUAGAGAGGAAAAUAAUAAUGCCACUCCUCUACACCAAGAUGGUGCAUGUCAUCAAAGCUCUACGAGCACAUCAGUGUCUGAGCAACAUGGACGUGGGAAAACUUGUGAUGUUGGAUGGCUAGUUCAUCGUCCAAUUUAAACGCCCAGCAACUAGACAACGAAUUGAUUAUCCUCUCUUUUCACCCCCUAAAAUGAACGAUUUUUUUUUUGUCUGAUUGAAAAACCAUAGUAAAGUGAUUGGCGAUUGUGUGAUGAUUACAUUUUGCACCGAGUUUAAAGCAUAGAAAUCAUUGCACUGUUACUGGAAAAGUUUUAUUUCUUAAAUUACAAAAUUUUCAUAAAGAUAUUACAAAAGACGUAAUAGA